AUGGCCGGGGAUUCACCGGAAAUCCUCUACGAAAGCUUCAGUUCAAGGCAUAAUGGUCGAAACUCGCAUAAAGACGAGAAAUAUCGCUCCAGAAAGUCGAGUUCUAAGUCGUAAGUGGUCUCAUAUGUCUUUUUACCUCGAGAAAUAUUUGAAUUUAGCCCUGCGAUAGCUGUUUUUCAAGUUUUUGACUGAGAGGAACAGAUGACCCAGUUUUGGGUCAAGUCUUUCUUUCAGUCCGGAAAUUCAAAAUGACGUGGUCUGAAGUAAUUUUUGUUGUUCUUUUUAGUGAACCAGAUAAAGACCGACCAUUUGAAGUGCCCUUUGCACUUCAAGAAGUCUUCGACGCACUGCCUCAGGCAUCUUCUCAACCGCCGUUAGUAGAGUUUGAUAAGAAUAACAUCCCAUUGUUUGAGCAACUCGCCCAAGGACAUCUAGACUGUCAGGAGAUGCAAAACAGAUUUUAUGAAGAUAUCCGGCCAGGAGAUCGACUGUUGGCCAGGGUACGCACAGCCAAUGCCAUCAUGUUGGAUGUGGAGCUGCUUUGCACAAUGAACCGGAUCAGAAGAAUCCUCAGUGAGGCUGGAUUAGGAAGAGUAAGUGUUCUUAGGCGUUGUAUGGGCUCAUUUUACCUUUUUUUGCGGCUAAAAUACGGAGAUUUUGAAUUUUGUCAGGGCGCAGGCUGCGGAGAUUAAAAACGUUAAAAAAAUCGAGAGCUAUAGUUAAAUUUGAUCUCUAAAAAAUCAAUAUUGACACGUAUGAUGUUUAAUUUUCAAUUUAGCAAAUUUUCAAAACAUUUUUCCUUGGGCGCAGACUGCGGGAGACAUUUUAUACGAAGACCCCAAACCAUCGUAUAAAAUGUCGCCCCGAGAUUAUUUUUGGGCAUUACCUUGCUGACCUUGAAAUUUCAGUUUAAAAUCAUGCACGACCGCACGGAAUACGCGUACCACACGAAUGACCUAAUUGAAGGUAGUGUAACAUAAAUUUACAGUAUCAACAAAACUUUUUUUCACAGUGAUCGUCGACCAAACCUUUGUCGAUCAGCCGGAUGCACCCCAAAAAAUCAAACUGUCCGUUCCGCCGGAGAGGGUAAGUGGAUUUUUGAGAACUUUUUUUUAAUUUUUUUGGGUUACGGUAGUUUUUAUAGUACGGAUUUUGAACCGGAUUUUGUGUUUUUGGGAGUCAAGAUGGUUUUAGGAGAGGUUUAGGGGCUAAUAAAAGAUCUGAGAGGGGUUUUGUGAGCAGAAAAUGACUUCUCAGGUUUUCGUGGUGGGACCGAAAAUUUCGAAAAAUCGUUGAAAAUGCCAAAUUUUAGUUGUUUUAUAAGGCCAGGAAGCCUUUUAGAGAUCAAAUAGUCUAUUUUUGACCAUUUCUGAGCUUUAUCAGGUUUUCGUGGCGGUACCCAAAAUUUUUAAAGUCGUUGAGAAUAGCAAAUUUUGGUUGUUUUAUAAGGCCAGGAAGUCUUUUAGAGAUCAACUAGCCCAUUUUUGACCAUUUCUGAGCUUUCUCAGGUUUUCGUGGCGAGACCUAAAAUUUUUAUUUUUUCGAAAUUUUUUGUAAAAAAUGUUGUUGUACUCUGUUACUGAUGUUUACUAAUCAUUUUCCCAAUUGAGGCACCCCUUAAAACCGCCGAAUUGCCAUCUUUUUACAGGUAAGACCUUGUUUUAGGCUAAAAAUGCUGUUUUUGGCGCAAAAAAUAACAUUUUUGCUUUAGAAAGGCCACAGCUCCGCAAAAAGAAGGCGAAGAGAAGUCGGAGAAACCUCAGCGCUUCGAUGAAUACCCAGAAGUUCGCGCAAUGAUCGCAAAUCCAUCCGCAAAUUAUGCCUUGGGCUUCCCGCGAAGACUGGAUUCCACGGCCUUGAAAGUGUUCGAAGGAAAACGUCUACGGCCGGAAAAUGAAUCCGUAGAGAGCCUGAAGGAACGACAGUUGUCGGAGUUGGCCGUAGGUCAGAUCACCAAAGCUGGCGCCUUCAUUAAAGAGGGACUCAAUUUUGAGGCAAUUCAGGCCUGUAACAAUGCCCUAAGGCAUCAACCAGACAACACCGAUGCUCUACUGGGAAGAGCAAUAGCGUAAGUGGGAAAUUGAGGGGCGAUUUGGCGGGUAAUUUUGGGAUUUGAAAUGAUUUUUUUGAAUUUUUUUGGAUUUGUUACCUAAAAUAAGGUAAAUUUUGAAAUUUUUAUGAUUUAGAUGUAAAAUACAAGGUGAAUAGGGGAAAUAGAUGUGGGUUUAGGUGUUGACAGGACUUUUUAGAGGGCUCUGGUGUUUUUUUGAUUCUGAAAAUUGCUGUUUUUUGGGAUUUGUUACCUAAAAUAGAGUAAAUUUUGGAGUUUUUGGGUGUGAAUGGAAAAUAAAAGACGUAUAAGGAAACUAGACGUUGAUUAAAAGCCUGGAGUACAUGAUAGAUUAUGUUGAAACUAUUUUUGUUGUCAAAAAAUGCGAUUUUUUGAGAGUUGAUACCUAAAAUAAGGUAAAUUUAAAAAAUUUUUCUCUUGAAAAGAUAAAUUGAAGGUGAAGUGUGGGUUGCUGAUGCUGUGUUAAGAAUUUUUAAAUAUUGUUUUUGAUUUUUAAAAGAGAUUUCUUGAUUUUUCAGAGCCCAUAACAUGGAUAAUAUUGUGAGUGCCAUAAUCGACCUGGAAAAGGUCUUGGAAACGAAACCAAAUCACGAAAGAGCAAAAAAAAUCUUGGCUAAAGUUCUGUUGGAGAAGGGAGAAGAGUGAGUUUCAUUUCGAAAAAAAAAUUUUUUUGAAAUUUUUAAAUUUUUGUCCAAAAAUGGCUAAAAUAAGGUGUGAAAUUUUGUUUGUAGAGCGGAAGAGAAAUUGGACAACAGUUUGGCCAAGGAAUCGUACGAAAAAGCGCUCCAACACGAUCCAAACCUCGAAGAAGCGACUCAUGCCCUCGAGCGAUUGGCUCAAAAACCGACGAGAAAACGCAAAAAUCAUGACGUCAUUGAUCUCACCGAAGAAAAACCACAAAUCAAGCGGGUGGACCCGAAAUCGGCCGAAGAAUUGGAAAAAAACCGAAAAAAACUGGCGGAAAUUGAGAAAUUCAAGGAAAAACUGAAGAAAAUGAAGAAGUAA